AUUUGACGUCGCACUCGAGGAUGCGGAGACGAAGCCUUCGAGCAAACGCACCGCGCUAGCAGAUCGACGAUGGCGGAAAAGGGCGCAGGCGCUGCUGCCGGGGGCGAGAGGUGGAAGGCAGCGCUCGUAAACAUCUCGGAGAUGGGUACCAAUUUCGACUCUCUGCAGAAGCUCCUCGCUAAGAAGGCCGUCUUCGUGGACGAGGAAACCUUCGCCAAGGCCACCCUCACCUCCGAGCAAGCGCGCACCAUCAAGACUCUUGAACAGAGGGUAGAGGCUCUGGAGAGAGAACUUGAUGCUGCAAUUGCGGCUGCAGCUCGUGCACGUACAGAAAAGAGACAGGCUGAAACAGCCCAGCGCGCAGCUGAGUCGCAUGCGCAAGAGCUCACAAGAGAACUCGAGAACACUACAAAGGUGUUUAAGCUGCACAUGGAAGAACUGCGCUCUCAGAAAGAGGAGAUCACAAAGAAAGAAAGUGAGAUCAAACUUUUGGAAGCUAUUAUUCAGACAUUGAGUAGAAAUGACACUAGUGCAGAUGGCUAAGCUUUGUUUAAAUGUGAAGACAAUUCAGGAAAAUUCUCCUUUUCCAAUUUUUCUCGGCAAAUGAAAUCGAAUUGGUCUCCAGUGUUAUUAUAAGAAGCAUAUUAUUAUCAGAAUAAUCAGCCAUUUAUAUCAUCGUAUCUAGUUGUCGUCUCAUCGGUAAGAGGUUGUUAGGUUAUAAGUGGGGGAAAAAAAUAUGUUCUAUAUGCUAAGAUCUUCCAAUGUCUGUCUGUGCUCUACUUGUAUUGAAAUAUAUGGGCAAGGUGUGUAAUAGUGUAUUUCAACUUCUCAUUUUAGUCAACUUGAAAGGUAUUGGAAUUAAUCUACCACUGUAAGCUCUGCCAUUACUCUUAUUUGUCACCUUUUAAUUCUAGCAAUGAUAGAUGGGCUGGCUUAUUUAGCUCAA